AUGUCGAACCAAAACGCUGUCAAAAUUGAACGAAUCUCCUGGCUCUACAAGAAAGAGAAGCUGGCGGCUAUCCGGAAUGCUGGGUCACAGACGAAGGGAUCAAUUAUUAUCGAGGUGGCUACCGAAACUGACGUGACACGUCUUAUCAAGGACGGCUUCCUAUAUGGCGCCCUAUGGCUCCCAGCCAAACUAUGGGACGUUACUCUCCGGGCGAUCCAGUGCUUCCGCUGUUGGAAAUGGGGCCACACGCAGUCCGUUUGUAACGCGGACAGCGACACCUGUGGGCGCUGCGCAAAACACCACCCCACAAGGGGAUGUAUAAUACAAGACCUUCAAGAGGCAAGGUGCGCAGGGUGUAAGAAACCUGGGCACUUUGCCUGGAUGACCAGAAGCUGCGCGGCAUAUAAAUCCUUCGCAGCUGGCCAGCGAGCUACAGAAAACCGCCUCAAUGAAGCUACCCUCGCCGUCCACCGGGGGCAAAACCAAAACCAAAACCAAAACCAAAACCAAAAUGUCACAACCCACCAGUUCCGCCAUGAUGACGAUGGAUACAUCGUCAUUGGCAACACCUAG